CCGCUCGACCUGUUGUGCGCCAUGCAAUGUGUCUUGCGCAACGGAGCGGCAUGCGCGGGCUUCUCGCUGAACAGCGCCGCGCAGAGCUGCCAAACGUACGACGUCGCGCCUGAUAUAUACGAUGCGGGACUCUGCUACUUCGACGGUCCUCCGCCUCCCCUGCCACCGCUGCAGCCCGGCCUUCACCCAGCGGGUAACGAGAACUGCGGGGCAACACAGCGGCCUGUGGGGGCGUACGCAGUGCAGGUGCAGCUACCGACCGGUUCCGUCAGGAAGGAUCACUACCUCGUGUGCGAGAACACCCCCACCACCUUCCGAGGAGCCUUGACUGGGACUGCCACCCUGCGUUCGAAAAACUGCACGUCUUCAGGCAGCGUCUACGCAGGUUUCUCGGGAGGCUCAGGCCCGUGCGCUCCUCCAGCGCCUCCGUGUGCACUCAACACCACCAAAUGCUUCGCAGGAGACAACCAGGGUACACAGCCAAUACUACCAAACGGAUACCUGCGCUACUUUGGCUGCCGUACAGUGCAUAACCUGGACUACGUGGUGACCUCCGUCAUUACCUCCGCGGAGGACUCAAACGCUGAGCUCAUGGGCAUCACCUGCUGCUAUGCCGGCCCGUGUUAACCGCUCACAAGCAAUGUCCCGGCGUAUAGUUUGUUGGUCUCACAACAUAGCGAACAUUAAAGCAAUUCACUCCUACAAAUUAAAGGGCAGGCAUAAUAUCUUCAAUACCCUGCUAUUUUGCAGGCUCCCCAUAGCUGUGAUAUAUGUCCGUCAUUUGCUGGGAGCUACCGAAACAAUUCAGUUCAGUGAGCAAACAAAGAUGGAAUAGUUUAAAUACAUCAAACACAUAUAGAAAGGUUCUAGUUUCAUUAAAUGACGUAUAAAACAAACCAAUAAUAUAAUAUUUACAUCAAUUUAUUCUAAUAGUUCUGAAAUCGCGUUUCAACUAUCAAUCAAGCACGUAAUCGUUUUUGGACGAUACAUGGCAGUGUGGAAAACAAAAAAAAAUAUAUCUCAUUAUCUAACAUUUAUACAAGAACAAUUUCUAGAAAGACGCUAAUCCUAUACGACGGUUGCAGAGUAAUUUUUCUUUCGAGACGCACUACGAGUGAACUUAACAUCAAAUUUAUUUAAAUAAUUACCUAUUAACAUGAAGUUAAAUAGCAAUUCCCCAAUUUUUUUCGCUCCGGCUUAAUAGUUUUUCCGUAAUUUUUUAGACAAACGGCAGUUUCAAAUUAGAACGUUAUCACCAAAGUUAAAAGAAUGAAAUGUUUCUCAAUGCAAGGAAUGAAAAUUUUCUCCUCACAUUACCAAUUAUUAAAUUAGCACUAAUAAUCUAUUACUAAUGGUAAAAAUGUUUUAUUUGCAUUAUGAAAUAAAAUUAUUUCAAGGCACCAAGCCAGAUUCGUUUUAUUAAGUAUGCAGAAAUCCCAAUUAAAAUAGAAAAGCCAGAGAGCUUCAAUAUUUUCCAUAGAGCGACGCUACUUGUGCCCUCGAUGCUACGUACAACUUUAUCA